UCUGAACUUAAAGGGUCGCAAGAGCAGUGCGUUGACGAGCCGGAAACGAGGAAGAAAGGUCUGCCGUUUAAUUUGCGCGUCCCUUUAUUUUGUCUUCUUGUAUUGCCGCACGGUGUAAUGUCUGUGUGUCGGGCCGCUUUGGUACUCCUCUGCUCGGUGUUGGCGGUGACUCUUGCCCGCAGGAGUUCACCGGAGCAGGAGGAUGUUCAGGAGAAAAUCAACAGCGCCAGAUGCACCUCCAGGUGCCUCUCUCUGCACAUGACGCAGCUCACCGUUGCCUUCAGACACCUACAGAGUGACCAUGUUCUGGUUUGGUGUGAAAACCACAGACGCUGUGCGCAGUGCCUUCAGCCAUGCAAAGAACUGUGGGAAACCAGGAAGGUGCAUUCACCAAAGUCGUGUGAGAAGCAGACCGAGUGUGUGACGAGCCGGGAGUUUCUGACCUCUCUGAGGUCAUCUCGUCAGGGGGACUGCCCUCCGCCUCAAAAAGCCACCGGAUUUGCUGCGGCCUGCGUGGAGAGCUGCUCGUCAGACCAGCAUUGUCCCUCCCCCAGGAAAUGCUGCUCUAAUGGCUGUGGGCACACAUGCCAAGCACCAGCCAAUCUAUAUAAAGGGGUUCCUCUGAAGCCUCGCAGAGAGAUGAGCUUCGUGGAGGAUUCAGAGGGUCGUGUUCGGGUGGUGUGGGUCUCCAAAUUUAAUGUCAGCAUUGAGCCGGUCGUCUACAUGCUCCAGUCCCGCUGGAACGCCGGGAUCCAUCCCAGCGAGGACCAUGCCUCUCCAUGGACUACUGUUGCCAUGACCCUUUCUGAAGAUGCCAGACUGACAGAUCUGAGAUCUCAGCGCUGGUACCAGUUCAAAGUAGCAGCCAUCAACAGCCACGGCAGCAGAGGCUUCACCACACCCAGCAAACACCACAUCUCCAGUAAAGACCCCUCCACUCCAGAGCAUCCAAUAAAUGUGAGAGUGAUCAACCAGACUCUAGACUGGACGGGUUCACAACCGGGCAUCAAGCUCCCUGAAAGGUCGAGGGGAAGUGGGGUCAAAGUGUCCGUGUUAUUAAGCUGGGAGCCCCCCGGAGAGGGAGACCUGCCAGUCCACAACUACAGAGUCACCUGGAUGCCUCGACAUGCACAUACUGCGCACAAACAUACACACACCCUUAAUGCGCAAACACAUACAGUGCACAAUAACAUGCACACACAUCAUUCACACUCACGCACACCAGAACAGAGUAAAAAGGAGAGCAACAGCAGAGUGACUCAGGGGGCACAGUGUGAGAUGUGGCUGCAGGGUCUGUUGCCAGCUACUUCCUACUUCUUUUCCGUCCAGACGGUGGCCUACUGGGGUCAGAAGAGGCUGAAAAGCCCCAGAGCCCAAAUUGUCAUCAACACAAUAAGUCAUACAGGUGAAGAAUUCUCCAAUGAGCUCCCAUCUUCAUCAUCCUCAUCAUCUCUUCCCUCUUCACCUUCCCUCUCAUCCUCCUCUCCUUCCUCCCCUGACAUCUCCCUCUCCCCCUCUCUGCCUCACCCUGAAUCCUCCCUUAACCCUGGUAACCUGCGCCUGGAGGUCGCCGCCCCUCAUUACCAUGACGACCAGCUGCAGGUGAAGGUGUUCUGGAAGUGGCCUCACCACGGCAAGCAGAAACAUCGGGGUCCAUACAUUUUGCGAUGGCGUCCACAUACCUGCAGUACAAAUAUUACAAGCACAGACAGAACCACAACUGUUCAGGGCACCCAUCACACCAUCACAGGCCUGCAGUUUGCCUGUAAGUACAGGGUGGCCGUAUCAACGAAGGCUGACCCGGGGACAGAGGCCCUCGCCUGGGUUACAACCCCGACCUGCUCCUCCAUCAAGGUUAGAGGAGGUAAAGCGUUGCCCUGCAACAAUGAAGAGCGCCUCCUGGCAGGCAGAAAGGUGGUACUGCGUCCAGAAAGACUGACCGCAGACUUCCAACAAGUCAAUGGCACCCUGCUCACGACGCUUCGCUGGAGGAUGUCCCAGCAUGCACUUGACCCUGCAGCUGUGGAGGGCUUCCAGUUCACCUGGACGCUGCAAUCAGGGGUUACCACGGCAACAGAGGGGCAGGACGACACACUUAUCUCCCAGACGCAGACAAUCGCACCGUAUCAGCGGUCUGUGCCACUUUAUGGUCUUCAGGCUGACAGUGUUUACCAGCUGCAGCUCCAGGUGCUAACAGCAGGGGGAAACAAAGGGGCCACAGUCUUCAAGACCAUACACACUCCAGCUAUCAACGCCACACUCUGAUCGGCCCAAACUCUGCAGAUGUCAUCAUCUGCCGCACCAAGCUCUUGAACAUCCCCAACACCCACUUCUCUACUGUCUAUAGUGCAACAUGUUUAUCAUAGCAGUUCAAGUGCAGACAACAUGAGCUGUACAAUAUAGAAUGCAACUGUGUAAAAGUGAUCACUCUCAUAUAAACCAUUGUUCCUACCCUCUUUAAUCACAAUAUCAGGAUGGUUGUGAGCUUGUUCUAAUGGGAAAUAAAUCAUUCAUCUUUUCGAUGAAUAAUAUUUCAGCUGAUCCAAAAGACAUGGCCUAAAUCUUUAUUUUUCUGUACAAAUUGUAAAGAAAUAACUGUACCUGCACAUGGUUCCAAUAUAAAAAGCGACUUAAGUAAAGACACAUCUACCCCUAAACAAUAUUUUCCUAUAUUUUUAAUUAAAAAUGCAAGCUUUUCAAAAGAUUUCCUCUAUCUAUAUUAAUGCAGGACAUGUAUGUGAAAAGUUAGGUGUUUAGAUUUAUUUCUCAACAUCACUGGAGCCCAAUGACACUUGUAAAGAGACUUAUUAUGCCUGUUGUUUUUGAUCAUGCAAGUAGAGAAUGGUAUAUAGCACUGACCUUAUGUACAAAUGGAAAUGUAUAGCAACAGACUGACUUUGUUUAUUUCAAUACAUAAUCUGCUGCAAUAACUUUGAAGCCGAAGUGUCUGAGUGGGUGAGCGUAAACUUUGAAUUAAGCUCAAAUAUAUUUUGAAUAUGUUUUUUGUUGGUUAAAAAAAAAGAAUAAGGUAAUGCUGUGGUAGAUUUCUUAGUUUUACAAAAGUCAUUGCUAUGAAAAUGUUGGAAACUACUGGUCUAAAGCAACCAGUUAACAUUAUGUUAAUAUUCUCUUUUUUACUUUUUUUUUUACAUUUUACUGUUGAUAAUUUUGUACUUAAUUUCUUUACUUUUG